AUGAGCAAAGUACCCGUAGUGGCCGUAGUAGCGUGUAUGAUCCCCGAAAUGGGAAUUGGUUUUCAAGGUAAAUUGCCCUGGAGAUUAGCCACAGAGAUGAAAUAUUUUAAAGAAGUUACUUCAACGACAAAGGAUCCUACAAAGGUUAAUGCCGUCGUUAUGGGACGAAAGACAUGGGAAUCAAUACCUCCAAGGUUCCGUCCAUUACCAAACCGAAUUAACAUGGUCGUUUCACGUCAACCAAGAGCUCAAUUGCAUCUAGAUGAUCAAGUUUACAGUACAUCUUCGCUAUCUCAGGGCAUCGAACACUUGAACACAAAUUUCGGUGAACGUCUCGAGCGCAUAUACAUCAUUGGUGGUGCAGAAAUUUAUUCACAAAGCUACGAGCUUGUAGAUCACUGGCUAGUUACCAAGAUUCAACCACUUCCUGAAUCGCAAGUGCCCGAGAUGGACACUCACUUGGACCCUCAAAGAUUGGCGCUAACCUUUAAAGAACGCUCUCUGGAUGAACUGAGCCAAUUUCUACCACAGACUUCAGUACCGAUAGUGAAUCCCAUUGAAGAGAAGGGUUUCCAUUACUGGUUCACCCUAUACACAAAUCAAAGAGCUUUAUAG